UGGGCCUCUCACUUCCGCCCAGGUGAGAGAGAGCGGCCGCCGAGCCCUCCACGGGCUCCCACCCGCGCCUCCGCAGGACCAGGGUCUUACUAAGUUGCUCAGGGCUUCACUAACUUGCGGAGCUGGCCUCAAACUUGUGAUCCUCCCACCUCAGCCUCCCAAGUCACUGGGAUUACAGGUUUCUUUAAAGGUGAUUGAAACAAUUAAUCCAAAAUGCCUGAAAAUCCUGCCACAGAUAAACUGCAGGUCCUGCAGGUCCUUGAUCGCCUGAAAAUGAAAUUGCAGGAUAAGGGUGACACUUCACAGAACGAGAAACUGAGUAUGUUUUAUGAGACACUAAGGAGUCCUCUCUUCAACCAGAUACUCACACUGCAGCAGUCCAUCAAGCAACUGAAGGGGCAACUCAGCCAUAUACCCUCGGAUUGUUCAGCCAACUUUGAUUUUUCUAGAAAAGGUUUGUUAGUGUUCACGGAUAGUUCUAUUACAAGUGGGAAUGCCCACAGGCCCUGUAAUAAUUUAACUGCAUCUGGGUUGUUUCCAUGGACCGAAAAGUUGGGAAAUGAAGACUUUAACUCAAUCAUUCAACAGAUGGCUCAGGGCCGGGAAAUUGAAUAUAUAGAUAUAGAACGGCCUUCAACUGGAGGCCUUGGAUUCAGCGUGGUGGCCCUUAAAAGUCAAAAUCAGGGAGAAGUUGAUAUCUUUGUGAAGGAAGUACACCCAGGGAGUGUAGCAGACAGGGAUCAAAGAUUAAAGGAAAAUGACCAGAUUUUGGCCAUUAAUUACACACCACUGGAUCACAAUAUUUCUCACCAGCAAGCAAUUGCAUUAUUACAACAAACGGGUGGAUCUUUGCAUCUGGUUGUAGCCAGGGAACCAGUCCACACAAAAAGCAGGACUUCUACCAGCUCAGCUGAUACAACUCUGCCUGAAACAGUUUGUUGGGGCCAUAUUGAGGAUGUUGAACUCAUUAACGAUGGCUCUGGAUUAGGAUUUGGAAUAGUUGGAGGAAAGUCAUGUGGCGUAGUUGUGAGGACCAUAGUUCCUGGAGGAUUAGCUGAUCGAGAUGGAAGACUUCAGACAGGGGACCACAUCUUGAAGAUUGGUGGCACGAAUGUGCAGGGAAUGACAAGUGAGCAAGUUGCCCAAGUGCUGAGGAACUGUGGGAAUUCAGUCAGGAUGCUUGUGGCUAGAGACCCAUUUGGCGAAAUUUCAGAAACGCCUCCUACUCCUGUGGCUUUGCCGGUUGCCCUGCCUGCUGCUGUUGCCAACACUAGCCCUUCCUCUGACAAUUCUUCUCUUUUUGAAACUUACAAUGUUGAACUCAUUAAAAAAGAUGGACAGAGUCUUGGUAUUAGAAUUGUUGGCUAUGUUGGAACAUCACAUACAGGGGAAGCUUCAGGGAUUUAUGUGAAAAGUAUAAUACCUGGCAGUGCUGCAUACUACAAUGGCCAAAUCCAAGAGAAUGACAAAAUAGUUGCUGUUGAUGGUGUAAAUAUUCAGGGUUUUGCAAAUCAUGACGUUGUUGAAGUGUUACGAAAUGCAGGGCAGUUGGUACACCUAACCCUAGUUCGCAGGAAAGCGCCAUCAUCUUCUUCUCUCCUGGAACGGCCUACAGACAGAGGAACUGUUGUAGAACCACCCAAAUCACCAGCUCUCUUUAUAACUGGAGCAGUGGAAACAGAAACUAAUUUGGAUGCAGAAGAUGAGGAAAUUGAAGAAAGAAUGGAUAAUCAAAAAAAGGACAGUAUACAAGCCUUAGAAAAAUUGGAAAGAGUCCCAAACACUCCAGAAAAUGAGCUGAAAUCCAGAUGGGAAAACCUACUGGGCCCUGAUUAUGAAGUAAUGGUUGCUACUUUGGACACACAGAUUGCUGAUGAUGCUGAGUUACAGAAGUAUUCAAAGCUGCUGCCUAUCCAUACUCUGAGGCUUGGUGUGGAAGUGGAUUCCUUUGAUGGGCACCAUUACAUUUCUUCAAUUGUUCCCGGUGGUCCUGUUGAUAUGCUGAACCUUCUACAGCUAGAGGAUGAGCUUCUUGAGGUCAAUGGUGUGCAGCUUUAUGGAAAAUCUCGCCGAGAAGCAGUUUCCUUUCUUAAAGAAGUGCCACCCCCUUUUACCUUGGUUUGCUGUCGGCGGCUAUUUGACGAUGAAGCCUCUGUAGAUGAACCAAUGACUACUGAAACCCCUCUUCCUGAGAUGGAGGUUGAAAACAGGAUAGAUGUCAGUCCUGAAGAUGAGGAUGAUGGGGAAUUAGCUUUGUGGGCUCCUGAAGUCAAGAUUGUUGAGCUAGUGAAAGACCAUAAAGGCUUGGGGUUCAGCAUUCUGGAUUACCAGGACCCUUUAGAUCCCACAAGAUCAGUGAUUGUGAUCCGCUCCCUGGUAGCAGAUGGUGUAGCAGAAAGAAGUGGAGAACUUUUACCUGGAGACCGCCUGGUCUCAGUCAAUGAAUACUCUUUGGACAAUACCACACUUGCUGAAGCUGUGGAGGUACUGAAGGCCGUGCCUCCAGGCACUGUACACCUUGGUAUCUGUAAGCCUUUGGUGGAAGAUGAGAAAGAAGAAAGUUGUUACAUUUUACAUUCAAACAGUAAUGAAGACAAGACUGAACCUCCAGGAACAAUUCUUGAUAUGAAUUCAUCUUUAAUACUUGAAGCACCCAAGGGAUUUAGAGAUGAACCCUAUUUUAAAGAAGAACUUGUGGACGAGCCAUUUCUAGAUUUGGGAAAUUCUUACCAAUCUCAACAAAAAGAAGUAGACAGCAGCCAAGAAGCCUGGGAAAUGCACGAAUUUCUGACUCCUCAGUUGCAGGAAAUGGGUGGAGAAAGAGAAAUGCUUGUUGAUGAAGAAUAUGAACUAUAUCAAAAUCAAUUUCAGUCUAUGGAGUUAUAUACCUCUUCUAAUGUUCAAGAGGCCACUCCUGUGCCCUCCAGGCAGGAACUCCACUUUGGUACACAGUGGUUACAUGAUAGCCACUCAGCUGGUGAACCACCGGAGGCUCAGAAUGCAGGACCCAUGAUGAGCAUGUACUCCCAGGGGACACAGCAGUACAGCUACAGCCCUGACCACACGAUGAAAGAACAUUUUGGCAUUGAUUCCCUCCCAUCCAUAUCCUCAACUGAUGGAGAUUGUCAACAUAGCAGAUUUGAUGACAUGGAAAAUCUUAGUUCAUUAGCAAAAAGCAGUCUGGAUUUAGAUUUGAUGAUUCCAAAUGAUGUCCAAGGUCCUAGUAUGCUUACUGAUCUUCCUGCUGUGGCUCCCAGAAGGGAACAAGAAGAUUUACCUUUAUACCAACUGCCCAGGACCCGAGUUGUUUCAAAGGCCUCUGUCUACCCAGGAAUGCUGUCUUCUAGAUAUGCUACCGAUGCAUGUGAGUUACCUGAGAGAGAAGAAGGUGAAGGAGAAGAAACACCAAACUUCAGCCACUGGGGUCCACCAAGAAUUGUUGAGAUUUUUAGAGAACCCAAUGUGUCUCUUGGUAUCAGUAUUGUUGGUGGACAAACGGUUAUAAAACGCCUGAAGAAUGGAGAGGAAAUUAAAGGUAUAUUCAUCAAACAAGUGCUAGAAGAUAGUCCAGCAGGAAAAACAAAUGCACUUAAAACUGGAGAUAAAAUCCUUGAGGUGUCUGGAGUAGAUUUGCAGAACGCCUCGCACAAUGAAGCAGUUGAGGCCAUUAAGAACUCUGGGAACCCUGUGGUGUUCGUGGUUCAGAGCUUGUCACCUACUCCGAGAGUCAUUCCUAACAUACAUAAUAAGGGCAACAAAAUCGCCAAAAACCAGAACCAAGACACUCCAGAAAAAAAGGAAAAGAGGCAAGGAACAGCUCCACCUCCUAUGAAACUGCCUCCUCCUUACAAAGCACUGUCUGUAGACAGUGAUGAAAAUGAAGAAGAAAAUGCAUUUACUGACAAAAAAAUCAGGCAAAGGUAUGCAGACCUACCUGGAGAACUGCACAUUAUUGAACUUGAAAAGGAUAAGAAUGGGCUGGGACUCAGCCUUGCCGGCAAUAAAGACAGGACACGGAUGAGCAUAUUUGUGGUAGGAAUUAACCCAGAGGGACCCGCUGCAAUGGAUGGACGAAUGCGAAUUGGAGACGAACUGUUAGAGAUAAAUAAUCAGAUCCUCUAUGGAAGAAGUCACCAAAAUGCAUCUGCCAUUAUUAAGACUGCCCCAUCCAAGGUCAAGCUUGUUUUCAUCAGAAAUGAAGACGCAGUCAAUCAGAUGGCUGUUCCUCCCUUCCCAUUACCAUCAAGCUCCCCAUCUUCUAUUGAGGAUCAGAGUGGCACAGAACCUGUUAGUAGUGAGGAAGAUGGCAACCUGGAAGUUGGUGUUAAACAAUUGCCUGGAAGUGAUAGCUCCAACCUGGAAGACCUGUCCCAGAUGAUUGGUCAAGGUGUGGUGGCAGACCAUCAGAAGACACUGGAGUACCCAACUGAUGAUGCUGCCAGCCAGAUGAAAGAGCAAAAAUAUUCAACAAAAGCCUCCUUCAGUUCACAAGAGAUACCGUUAGCGCCAACUCCAUCAUAUCAUUCAUCGGAUACCGACUUCACCAGCUGUGGUAGCUUCCAGGCUCCUCUGUCAGUGGAUCCUGCAACGUGUCCCAUUGUCCCUGGCCAGGAAAUGAUUAUAGAAAUAUCCAAGGGACGCUCAGGCCUUGGUCUCAGCAUUGUGGGAGGAAGAGAUACACCCUUGGAUGCUAUAGUCAUACAUGAAGUCUAUGAAGAAGGAGCAGCAGCCAGAGAUGGAAGACUUUGGGCUGGUGACCAGAUAUUAGAGGUUAAUGGGGUUGACCUGAGGACCUCCAGCCAUGAGGAAGCCAUCACAGCCCUGAGGCAGACCCCGCAGAAGGUGCGACUGGUGGUGUACCGCGAUGAGGCACACUACAGGGACGAGGAGAACUUGGAGAUCUUCCCUGUGGAUCUGCAGAAGAAGGCCGGCCGAGGACUGGGCCUGAGCAUUGUUGGGAAACGAAAUGGAAGCGGAGUGUUUAUUUCUGACAUCGUGAAAGGUGGAGCUGCAGACCUGGAUGGGAGGUUGAUUCAGGGAGAUCAGAUCCUAUCUGUGAAUGGAGAGGACAUGAGAAAUGCCUCUCAGGAGACGGUGGCCACCGUACUCAAGUGUGCACAGGGGCUUGUGCAGCUCGAGAUUGGAAGACUCCGAGCCGGUUCCUGGGCCUCCUCGAGGAAGACAUCGCCAAACAGUCAGGGGGAUCUGCACGGCACACACAUCAGCUGUCGGCCUUCCUUGGCCCCUGUCAUUGCUGGCCUACAGAACCUGGUUGGCACCAAAAGAACUCCAGAUCCUUCCCAGAGAAGUUCAGGCACAGAUAUGGGACCAAGGACUGUUGAGAUAAUCAGAGAGCUCAGCGAUGCCCUUGGAAUCAGUAUUGCAGGAGGAAAAGGGAGUCCCUUAGGAGAUAUCCCUAUAUUUAUUGCCAUGAUUCAGGCCAGCGGAGUGGCUGCACGUACACAGAAGCUUAAAGUUGGAGAUCGGAUUGUCAGCAUUAAUGGGCAACCUCUGGAUGGGCUGUCUCAUGCCGAUGUGGUUAAUCUGCUGAAGAACGCCUACGGGCGCAUUAUCCUGCAGGUUGUAGCAGAUACCAAUAUAAGUGCCAUUGCCACUCGGCUUGAAAACAUGUCUACAGGCCACCACUGUGGCUCACCCACUGCUGACCACCCUUCAGAAGACACAGAAACACCUCCACCUAAGAUUAUUACUUUGGAGAAAGGCUCUGAAGGAUUGGGGUUUAGUAUUGUAGGGGGUUAUGGAAGUCCCCAUGGAGACCUGCCAAUUUAUGUCAAGACUAUAUUUGCAAAGGGAGCAGCUGCAGAUGACGGCCGAUUAAAGCGAGGUGAUCAGAUUUUAGCUGUUAAUGGUGAGACCCUGGAAGGUGUCACUCAUGAGCAAGCUGUCGCCAUUCUAAAACACCAGAGAGGGACUGUAACCUUAACUGUGCUGUCGUGAGCCACAGGCCCUGAUCACAAGACAGAUGCUGUUAUUUAGAAUAUCCAUAGGAAGACGAAGUUCAGGGUGAAGAUAAAAGGCCACCUCAAGUAAAAUUUACGAUGUUCUUACCAUCUCGUUCUCUCUGCUCAGGAGACAGGCUGAGGUUCCAAGUGAUUUUUCCCAAACCAACAGUCAUCUGCCUGAUUUUUCCCAGCUUCUGUCACCUCUGGUGAAGUUAAUUUCUAAAGUCUGAAUGAACAAGUCUUUUCUGUUUUGCCUGUAACAUCAAUGUUUGCCAAUUAGAAGUAACUGGUUUUGAUUAUAUUUGCUGAAAUUGGAGUUAACAGCCUCCUGUUCCUUACCCCUUCUCUCCCCCCACCCUGUUCAGACAGAUGCCUAAUAGCAGCUCAGAUCUCAUGUGAUGAACAGAAGCAAAUGCUAAGCCACUUGUCAUCUCACUCAUGAUUUACUUGUGCUAAUUGUCUCUUCAAGUAAGCCAGCAAACAUUAGCAGUGAAAUUAAUUCCCCCAUGACGAAAGACCCAUAUUCUCCAAAGGGAAAUUACUGUACUCUCUUCUGGAUGACUUAUAGUCAACUAAGUCUCAAAUUCAUUUCUCUGGAUGAAACUUUACAUGUUAGUCAUUGGUGAUUUUGAUGAGUCAAUUUGCAGACUGUAAUCUCCUAAAGAUUCUGAAAGGCUUUCUAAUUGCUUUCUGAGCUACAAAAGUGCACACCACUGAGCAAUUGCUCCUUCUUGACAAGAACAAUUAACCUCCAUGUUCUGAGUUCUAACAAUGCUAACAGGUUCUAGUCUGUGAAGUUCAUCUGGAGUUAAUGGUGUCUCAGGCAGCAUCAUCCACACCCCUCAGUCUUCAUAUGAGGAAGUAGAAGCCCCAGAGGUCACCAAGCUUUGCCUCAAGUCAGAUGAGCUCUGGGUGGCCUUGGCCUUGUGCAAAGUACAAUGACUAGUUGGAUUAUCCUCCCUUUACCUCCAUACCAGCCCACACAACAGCACAGACUGUAGGAACUAGGUGGAACUACAUGCUUCAUCAUUAAUAACUGAGCAAACAAAGUGAGCCUAGGAACCAGCAGGAGAAAACGCCUGGCUGAUGUUUCCUGGCCCCGAGGGUGCCUCUCUUUUGCUGAAGUUUGAUAUGCAAAGAAAGCAACUACAGCAGAAAAUAUAAUCCCUAUAAUGUUGAUUAUGGGCCUUCUUGUUGACAUAUUAGCAGGAAAAGGGCGAAGAUGCUUCUUAAUGAAUGUUCUAGGGUCUUCUAUAAAAACUUACCAUGAGGAUAAAUAUCAGAGUCAAUAAUAGAAGUAGUUCAGCACUAUUUAACUAUAAGACAAUGCUGCAGAUUGUUCACAGUAAUUACCAAAAUUUAAUGGGCUUUAAUUUAAAAUCUUAUUAAUAAAUAUAGAUUUUGCUGGGUGCCAUGGUGCAUACCUGUAAUCCCAGCCACUUGGGGGGCUGAGGCAGGAGGAUGGCAAGUUUGAGGCCAGCCUCACCAACUUAGUGAGCCCCUAUCUCAAAAUUAAAAAAAUAAAAGGACUGGGAUGUAUCUCAGUGGUAGAGCACCCUGGGUUCAAUUCCCAGUACCACAAAAAUAAGUAAGUAUAGAUUUUAUUUGAAAAUUGUCUUUGAGUAGGUAUAAUCACAAAGUGCAUUAACUCUUGUUGGAAUACUUUGUGGCUAUUCCAAAGUAUAGAGUGCCUAAAUUUUCUUUUGAAAAUGUAUUUCAUGACUGGUAUUGAGUUUUUCAAGAUGAUACACAGCUUUUCGAAUUUCUCAUAUAUCCAGGAUCUCACUUUCCAAUGCAUGAGAAGCCACCAGCCUCAGAAUGUUCUGUUUUAACUAUGUCUGUAAGAACACCUCAGGCAGCCAAAGUGAAGUGAAGCCCAAUGACACUUGAAAAUGCACCUUAGAUAGAUACAUAUGCACAUGAUUCUUUUUAAAUGUAAUUCUGCUUAAUUUUGAUGGAAUAGCCAUUAAAUAUACAUUUUUAAAUAA